UAAAAUUUUGAGAAACAAACCUUGACUUGAAGUUUCCAAUCGAAAACAAAAUAAUCAAUGUUCAGAAGUCGAUAUCCAACCUAUGGAAAUGAAUAUUUGUGUUGGGUGUUGUUAUUAGCCAUUGUAGUUUGCGGAUUGCUACGACUAUGAGACGAAGUUUCUUAAAUAUCUGAUUCAAUUAAAUACAGUUGUAUAAUCUGAAUUAAGUUAUUUUACGUGCGUGUGAACAAAUUAUUACUCAACAUGACAGAUGUUCGAAAACGACGCCCUGACACAACUAACGAUUCUGACAAGGCUCGAGAGACAGAAAGUGAUCAGGGUAUUGUUGUUCUGGAAUCUACUCACAAGAAAGAGGAUUUUGAUUCAGAAGAUGAUAAAUCUCCAGAAGAGAAAUAUGUGGAAGAGAUGUCCAAAAUUAUACCACAGGGCACAGACAAAACACCAGAAGUUUUGGAUUCAGCUUUACAAGGACUUUCAGCAAGAUGGCGGAACUGGGUGAUCCGUGGAAUUUUUACAUGGCUUAUGAUUGGCCUCUUCUGCCUGCUUAUCUCUGUGGGCCCUCUCGCUCUCAUGGUGACAACCCUGGUUGUCCAGGUGAAAUGUUUUGAGGAAAUUAUCAAUAUUGGUUAUGCUGUGUACCGAAUCCAUGGUCUGCCAUGGUUCAGAUCACUCUCCUGGUACUUUCUUAUCACUUCAAAUUACUUCUUCUAUGGGGAGAGCCUUGUUGACUAUUUUGGAGUUGUUAUCAACCGAACAGAUUAUUUACGAGUCCUCAUCACGUACCACCGGUUCAUCUCAUUCUGCCUGUACAUUGUGGGGUUCAUGUGGUUCGUAUUGUCACUAGUCAAGAAGUAUUAUAUGAAGCAGUUUUCUCUCUUUGCUUGGACACAUGUGGCACUACUCAUUGUUGUAACGCAGAGUUAUCUUAUCAUCCAGAAUAUCUUUGAGGGACUCAUCUGGUUUAUUGUUCCAGUCUCGAUGAUAGUUUGUAAUGAUGUGAUGGCAUAUGUAUUUGGCUUCUUCUUUGGAAGAACACCUCUUAUACAGCUCUCACCAAAGAAGACUUGGGAGGGAUUUAUUGGUGGUGGUGUUGCUACUGUAAUCUUUGGGUUAGUGAUGUCUUACAUCAUGUGCCAGUACCGAUACUUUGUGUGCCCAAUUGAAUACAGUGAAACUCUGGGGCGCAUGACAAUGGAAUGCGAGCCUUCACCAUUGUUCCGGCCACAGGAGUACACAUUACCAGAGUCCCUGUCUGGUGUUCUGCAGCUAUUGGGACUAAAGAAUACAUUGAAGCUGUAUCCAUUCCUACUGCACUCGCUGUCAAUGUCAGUCUUUAGUUCUGUAAUUGGUCCCUUUGGUGGGUUCUUUGCUAGUGGUUUCAAGCGAGCAUUCAAAAUCAAGGAUUUUGGAGAUGUGAUUCCUGGUCAUGGUGGUAUAAUGGAUCGAUUUGAUUGUCAAUAUCUGAUGGCAACAUUUGUCAAUGUUUAUAUUUCAAGUUUCAUUCAUACUGCAUCACCACAGAAACUGCUACAGCAGGUUUAUAAUCUGAAACCUGAACAACAGUUGCAACUGUUCUACACUUUGAAAGAAACCCUGGAGAAUCGUGGUAUUCUAAACCUUCAGUAACACCAUACAGUGGUUCAACAAGGUAAUUGUACUGAAGAUGCUUAGAAGGAAAUGAUAUGUAUGAAUAAAAAUGCAUGGGUAGCAUUUCAUUACAGGUGUUUCAUGACUGCUGUCACUUACCUAGUGGUAAGCAAGCUGGCAUAGUUGAAAGAGAAAGGGCAUUGCUGUCAUGAUGUUUUAUUUAAUACUGAGGUGAGUGGUGUUUUACCAUGUUGUUUUAAUUCAGGUACUAUUCACUGUUUAACAUAUCCAUCUUCAUGUGGCAAACUGGUACAUUUUGAGUCAGUAGAACGUAUAUUUGUUCAUUAAAUAACCUUGCACUGUUUGUAAUUUGUAUAUUCUUUAAAUAUUUUGUUUCUUAGGUUAAGAGCUUUCUAAUUGUAAGCAUGGGUUGUUGUGAAAAGUGUCUCAAUAGUGACUUCAUGUUCUGAUGAAAGCUGCUUUGUGAUUUUUUGGUCUCUAUAUGGUGUAUUUCUUUUGAAUCUUUACUUGCAUUAGUGGGUAAGGAGAAACCAUGAGAGGAUCUGUUGCAUCACCACUUCUCACCAUUUGUAAUGUUCCUUGUUGGUUUAUGUUCUGAUAUUUGGUGUCCACGACAUUUAAGAAAGGGGGAAUCUCGUAACCUUCACAAUAAAACUAAGACACUGCUUAACUGCUUUCUAACUUCAAACAACAGUGUCUUACACAGCCUUCAUAUCAGCUUUGAAAAUACUGGAUUUAUGAUCUGAAGUUUGAUUCAGAAUAUGUGAAUUGAUAUGAAAGUUAUGUAAUUGGAGCUGUGUAUUGUACUUGUAUUUACUUCAUUCAUUCCCUCUGAAAUGCAGAUAUUUCAGAUUUUGUAUGAGCUGUGCUCUGGAAGGAGAUAAUUCAUAAAACAUGCUACAUUCGGUAAAGCAUUUAAGUCCUAUCUGUGGUAGAGUUAUUGUAUGUAAGUUAGACUGUACAAAAUGUGGAAUAUAGUAAUGCACUUUGCAGAUAUACCUAUCUUGAACUGUGUUCUUUAUGAUGUGAAAUGUACUGAGAACCUGUUUUAUAACACAGCCAUAAGAGUCCUGAACAUGUUUCUUUCAGACAAGUUUUAUUUAACACAGCUGCUUCUAGAUAAAAAUAUUACAUGUAACAAACCCUGUGUAUUUAUAUUCCAAAUUACUGGCGAGAAAUUUAUACUACAUAUGUACACUACAAUGUAGAGCACACAUUUAUAUUUUUAUUUUCUUUUUUACAUUUUUUCAGUACCUUAUUAGUCUGCACAUAUUUUGUCAACAGUCAAACUGAAUUAUUUCCCAUUUAUAAAAAACGUUCUCCUCAAGAAGUUUUGGGAAACAGAAUACAGAACAAAAUUAUGUGAACAGAAGAAAAUGCAUAUUGAAGUAGGCUGUUUGUAAUUAAUUCUUCCCUCCUAUUUAUUAGAUGUAAUUUUAUGUUGAUUUUUACUCUAUAACCUGAAAACAAAGAAAGUUUCUAAUAGAGGUAGGUUUUCAUUUAAUCCACAUUCUGUCUAAGAUUCUAUUAUAAAUUUCACAUUUUGCACAAAGUUAGGAAUUUGGUUUGUGUGGUUAGUCUUUAUACUAUGUUCUGCAUUUGCAUACACAAGAAAUUCCUAGAUCAUAGGCUUCUGUGGUCAUUGUCAUUAAAAUUUCAUGCAUUUGUUCCACAUAUUAUAAUUAGGAUGUACUACUUUCUGUUGACUGUUUGUUUAAAUAUUUUGAGACAAAAUCUGCCCUUUUUCUAAAAGUGGUGAAUUGUGAACAGAAUUCUGCUUAAAAUGAUACUUUGCUAGGUAUUAUUAUUACCAUUAUAAUCAACAUCGAGAUGCAAGGAGAUAGGGCAUGAUGAAGACAAAGAAAAAUGUGAAAGUAAGGUACAGCUUCUGGUGCUUAACUAAGUACCAUGCCAUGCCAAUGUAUGGGGGGCAUAGGCAUACUCCAUGUAGUAUUAAUUUUGACAUUAGAAGGACAUGACUUGUCAGUUUGGUGCCAUGCCCACUUUACCCAUGAAGAAUGAACCCUGGUAUCCUUUGGAUAGGAAUCUGGUUAGGGUGCAGAACCAGUAUGAGCAUUGUAGUGAAGAGAAAAAUCUUACCUUGCCAGUAAUUGAACUCUGGUUGUCCAGCCUGUAGCCUGACCAUUAUACUGACAUUUUUCUCUGUCUUUAUUUACAUUUCCCCCUCCCCUUCUGUUUACUUGCUUUAUCUGUUCCAGUUGCUCUUAAUUACAUACCAGACAACACAACAUAGAUUGAUGAAGAUAAACAUCCAUGCCUGUAAUGGGAUUUGAACUCAAAAUUCCAGCAACCAAGCAGUCAAGACCCAUACCUUAGACCAUGCAGCCACUGUAAUUGGACAGGUGCUUUUUGAAACAUUUAUAAGUUCAAUCCCAGGAGCUUUAAAAUUGGAGUUUCUUUUCCCCUCCCCUCUUACCUCUUACAAGGAAGUAUAGGUAUUGGGAAAUUAUAUUUUUCUUUUGAAGAGUCUGGCCUAGGUGGUCAUAUCAUGACUGGACUUUGGACCAGAGUAAUUUGAUUAGUUUUUGUUUCAGAAUUAAAAUCAAUGUGGGUUAUGCAGAGAAUUUAGAAAGAAAGAAGGCAGGACAAUGAAAUUUUCUGGAGGCUGCAGUAAUGGAUUUCUAGGAUGGUUUUAACUAGAGAUCUACAUACAAAUUCUGGGUGUUAUAUGGUGCAUGUUCUGUACUUCUGACUGUCCAUUGAAAUUCUGAUGACCAUUCCACUCAUUUAGUUUAAUGCACAAGGAUGGAAUAAGUAAUUUGAAGAGCAGUGCUGUUGGUUAUAGUGUAUUUUCAGUUUCAACUUCGUGCAUUUGUAGUGUGUGAUAUGUAAAACAAUUUAAUUAGCUUAUGUUAUGUGUUCUUCAUGUUGUGAAUGGCUGUGUGUAAAUUAUAAAACACGAAUUGCACAGUUGCAUUCUAUCAUAGUUUUAAAGCAGUUCUGUUAAAAUAACGUUUGCAGUACUUUGAUUGUUAAUGCUACUGAAUUAUUUCCUGUUGUGUUCAUAACGUUUAUUCAUGUUAGAAAAUGUAUAAUAUUGUUGCUGAGAAAAGAUGAUGUGGUUGUAAUGGAUAGAGAUGGAUAUGUAUCUUCUGGUAAGUGUUACAUGCAGAAACAUGUCUUAACAGUAAAUUAGUUUUUAACACUAGGAAAUACCUUCCUAGUCUGUCAUUUUUGUGAUAUAAAAGUGGUUCAUUAUUAUUAGAAAAGGGUAAUGCAUAUAUUAAUGUUAUGGUUCUGUAAUAAUGAAACAUUAUGUUUCCAUGUGUUGUCAUACAGAAUUUAUAUAAUUUGAAAGUUAUACCAUGUAUAAAUAGUGUAUAUUGCAUUGUAACAUGCAGUUUGAAGGGAUAGAAAACAAGAAUAGUGUGCUAGUCUUAAAUGCUAAAUGUGAAACAUAAUAUUGACUGUAGCAUGUAAGGAAAAUGUAUUUUGUGUGAGUAGACAGUCUCACAGUGUUGCUAAUGCUGAGAAGCAUACAGGAGUAUGCUAUAUUGUAGUGAUUAUGGUGAGUUGUAAGAUCACAGUGUGCACAGGAUUGCCAAUUUACAUGGAUUUUUAAUAAUCUGUGUGAGAUUCCCAACAAAUAUUUUGUAAUCUGUUUCAUCAUCAGAUAAAGUAAUAUCUUGGAUUUUUGGCUAGAUUUUAAAUGUAACCCUUUUCAUGUUGGUUUUUGUUUGAAGAAACCAUGUAAAAACUCAGUUUUAUUAUCCAUCAGAAACAACAUGUAUUUUGUGGCUUGUGUACAUGUUGUUUCUCUCAAUUUAUAAAAUUGAGUUCUUGGUGAUUGAUAGAAUGGAAUUGGUGUUAUAAUAUUAAAAAGCUUCCAUAUGAUUAAAUAUUUCCAUAGUAAUGUUAAAUUCCUAUUGUUGAAAAGUCAAGAAUUGUUUUAAAUUUUGAGAGAUAGCAGGCUGAUACAUCAUAUAAACCCAGACUGUGCUUAGCAUGAAAAGGAUUUAACACAUCUGUGCUUAUAUUAUUCUAAUAGUGCAUUCCUUUAUCAGAAUUAGAAACCAAGUAUGUUCUGUUUUAUUGUUCCAUGUAUAUUCAGCCUAAUGGCAGUGUGUGUGUGUGUGUGUGGAGAAUCUAGAGAAUUGGCACCUCUCUGUAAGUAAUAGAGGGUUUCUUUCAUUAUGAUGCAUUUAAUCUUCCAUACAGUGUAGAAAGUUACAAUUUAACUUUACAACACACACACACACACACAAAAGAAAGGAAUUUUCGCUUUCUAAUUUUACAUAGUAUUUUAUAAAAGUAUACCAUAAUUAUUUUCAAAUAAAUAAUUAUGCAGUUAACUUUUUAAUGUGAAUAUUUCAUGAUGGUAAAAUGUUUUGUAAUGUCUGAUAAAAAUUGUUGUUUGAUGCUGAAUGUAAUCUGAACACAUUUUGAAAAUUUAAUGAACCCACUGUAAUGAAAACUGAAAGGGGGCAUGGUGUCUUAGUUCACAGUGGGCUGGUACUAAUUGGUCACCUCCCUAAAUUUAAUCUUGGUCUUGUAUGAGUUUUCAUGUACAGACCCUCUGUAAUCUGAUCAUAUUGUAACAUCAAAAUGCUACAUCAUUUUCUCUGUAUUCCACAAUGGAAUAUUACAACCCACAUAUGCUCUACACAGAAGUCUUUGGGAUAAAUUCUGAUUACUACAGUUUUGUACUACUCAGUUUCUGAUUCUCAUAUUGCAGAACACAGACUAACUUUCUGAAUCUGUGUUACCAGAAUGAUGUGUCACAUUAUAACACUUUGUUGUCUGAUCUGUGAGAUAGAAAUAUGCGAUAGAUGUUUGGGUAGUUUCCCCAUAUAUAAAGAAACUCUUGAAAAUAGACAUUGCUAACAAAGAACACAAAACAAAAUGUAAUUGAGUGGUUUAUAGCAGGAAAUAUGUCAUCCAUUAUCAAAGGUAAAAGUAUGAAGUAUCUGUCUGAAGUCACCAUCUGCUUAUCCCUUUAGUAUCACAUACCAACAUUUCCAUAAAUGUAUAGGAUGUUUUGUUGUUAUUCUUUUCCUUACAUUAGUUUUAUGGCAACUGAAAACCAGUAUGUGAAAUGUGAAAGAAGUCAGAUUUUUACUGUCUUUGUGACCACUAGGCAAGUACUUCAAUAUUUCUGGCAGAACCGAAAGCAGUCAUGACUGUUGGGUUUGACUGUCAUGUUUAUAAAACUAUUGGUGAUAAUUUUUAUUGGGCUGUACUGGAUCAACAGAAAGUCACCAUUACUAAUGGAAAAAUACAUGGAAUUGUAUCAAUAAGAUUGUACUGUGCAUGAGUCAGAUUACGAAGAGUGUUGUACAGAAAUUUAAUUAAUAUAGUUAUGUGUUGUUAAAAGUUAAUCAUCCUCAGUGAUGGCUGGCAGUUUAAGUAGUUUCCAUAAUAACAAUGUCCUAUUGAACAGUUUUUCUUUCUUUCUUUUUUCUUUUUCUUUCUUUCCCCUCCACAUCACAUUGAGUUUUGGCACUCAUAAAUUAAUUUCUUAACAAGAGGUUAGAGGACACAUGCUAUAACACAUAAAGAGAAAUAUAAUGUAAUGGUUUCUGAUGUAUUUUCAUACUGUUUGCUUACAUGUAGUGUACCACAUAUUCCAUAUAUUGGCAACACCAUGCCUUUGGGACACAAGUCAGUAUAAAAAACUGUAAAAUUAAUUGCAUGUUUUUACUCUGGUCUGAUGUUAAUUUCAUUCUAGAGUAAGGCUUCCAGAUGUAUUCAAUUAUGGUUGUAUAAAAUCUGUAUAAAAAAGUAAUAUGUGAAUACAGGAUUACAUGUUUAAAAAAGUAUCUGACAAGAUAUAGUAUUUUUAAUGUGAAUGGGAUCUUAAUAAAGUCUUAUGCAUAUAUAACUAA